UUUUUGUUCCUAAUCUAACUUGAAGGUGAAGAUUAUAGAGUUUCAAAGCAGUUAAUGUCACUGUACCUGAUGGCUCCAACCUUCAGGGGAGUCGUCGCAGUGGAAGGGACAACAGCGGUGGUGGUAGGGGUUACGAAGGUGGAUGCGGUGGCAACGACGGCUAUGGUGGUGGAGGAGUCUAAGGAAGCAUGGGUCCUAGUGGUCACGGUAGAAUUCGUCGUGGUAGUAGGUAAGGUAGAGGAUGUGAUGACGGUCAUGCAUGCUACAGCCGUGGUGGAAUGGGUCAAGGAUUGCAAUCAGGGAGGAGGCGGAUGCAGAGGUAGGUUCGGCGGCAUUUGUGCCGGCGGAAGCUGCUACAACUGUAGGCAUUUCUGGGCAUUUUACAACAGACCGCCCAACAAGCUCUAUGAGAAAAUGAAAGUAACAACAUCAGAUCACUCUCAAGAGACACGCUCCCACCUAGGGAGGCGUCUUUCUCCGUUGAUGUAGAAAAUCCGGAACCGUAUUAUUCUUGCCAGGAUUCUAAUUGCCCUUCGCCAAAAGGUCUUAACCUGUUUUCUUCUUAUCCUCAAUUUUGCAUCCAAUAAGAGCAAGUGAUAUUUCUAAGUAAUGCAGCAUG